CCCCCCGCCCCGGCCCGGGUCGAUGCGCGCGCGCGCGGCCGGCAGCGUCUCCUCACAGCGGCCGCGGCGGGGUCGGCGCUGACGGGGCCUCGGAACCGGCGGCAGCGGCCGGUGCUCCGGAGCGGGCGACGCCUCUUUUCCUCCCUUCCCUCCCUCCCGCAUCCUUCUUCUCAUCCCCCUCCUUCCUCCUUCCCCCGCCUCCGCCCCCCCUCCCGUCCCCCCCCCCCCCCCCCCCGCACGCAGUCACCGCGGUUCCCGGCACGGACAACAUGGCGGCGGUGUCGGGGGCCGGGGCUGCGGGCGGCUCUGCCAACGCCGGGGGCCCGGAGAUGGUGCGGGGCCAAGUGUUCGACGUGGGGCCCCGCUACACCAACCUCUCCUACAUCGGCGAGGGGGCCUACGGCAUGGUGUGUUCUGCCUAUGAUAACGUCAACAAAGUUCGAGUUGCUAUAAAGAAAAUCAGUCCUUUUGAGCAUCAGACAUACUGCCAGAGAACUCUGAGAGAGAUUAAGAUCCUACUGCGCUUCAGGCAUGAGAAUAUUAUUGGAAUAAAUGAUAUUAUCAGAGCUCCAACUAUCGAACAAAUGAAAGAUGUAUACAUUGUGCAAGAUCUUAUGGAGACAGAUCUUUACAAGCUCUUAAAGACUCAACACCUCAGCAACGACCACAUUUGUUAUUUUCUUUACCAAAUUCUGAGAGGGUUAAAAUAUAUCCAUUCAGCCAAUGUGCUUCAUCGUGACCUCAAACCUUCAAAUCUGCUGCUUAACACCACUUGUGAUCUCAAGAUUUGUGACUUUGGACUGGCUCGUGUUGCAGAUCCAGAUCAUGAUCACACAGGAUUCUUGACAGAAUACGUGGCCACACGUUGGUACAGGGCUCCUGAAAUCAUGCUGAAUUCUAAGGGUUACACCAAGUCUAUUGAUAUCUGGUCAGUAGGCUGUAUUCUGGCAGAGAUGCUCUCCAACAGACCCAUCUUUCCAGGAAAACACUACCUUGACCAACUUAACCAUAUCCUUGGUAUACUUGGAUCCCCUUCCCAAGAAGAUUUGAAUUGUAUAAUAAAUUUAAAGGCCAGAAACUACUUGCUUUCCCUACCACACAAAAACAAGGUACCAUGGAACAGGCUGUUCCCAAAUGCUGACCCCAAAGCACUUGAUUUGUUGGAUAAAAUGUUGACCUUUAAUCCUCAUAAGCGGAUUGAAGUGGAGCAAGCUUUAGCCCAUCCGUAUCUGGAGCAGUAUUAUGAUCCAAGUGAUGAGCCUGUAGCUGAAGCACCCUUCAAGUUUGAUAUGGAGUUGGAUGACUUGCCGAAGGAAAAGCUGAAAGAACUGAUUUUUGAGGAAACUGCUAGAUUCCAGCCAGGAUAUCGAUCUUAAAUUGUGCAUAGGGCAAGGACUUAAAGGACUGGGCAUGCUCAAACGUUGCUGUUCCUCUUCCCAGUUCUUUAUUGUUGGUCAUGUCUUGUGGCCUCUCUCAGCUUAUCCACUAACUCCUUUGAGCCAUUCAGGAGGGCAGUUCCUGGUAGUUUUGGCUUUUCAUGCUUUCAAUGAAUCUUUUAAGCCUGAAGAAUUGUAAUUGACACUCCUAUGCGUAAUGCCCAUUGUUGACCUGUUGCAGUACUGUACUGUAAGUGCACCUACUGCUGGCCGUAUUUUAACUGCUUGCUUUCUGGUUUGAAAGAUGCAGUGGUUCCUUUCACUCCUGGAUCAAUAUCCAAGAAGAUCAUUCAUUAACCUGUAAGAAGUUUACACCAUGAACUAUGUUUUUCUGACUUUACUGAAGUCGCUGGCAUUUUUUUAGAAAAGCUACUAUUCAGGGCACUUUAAGUCAGUGACAUCCCAGAUUUUUUUUGCACUUCCUUUUUAAAUAGAAAUGGUUAGCAUCCAGCGGAGUUUAUACCAUUAUGCUAUGGAUUACAGCAUAAGUCGUGUUCAUGUUAAUCUUGCUUAUGCACUUGUUUGGGUGUCCUGUGCUGUACAUACAGGUAUUCUAUACAGCGUAAGAGCCACAUAGGAACCCAACUUAAUUGAAUUCAUCUAAGACACAUUUUUUCCAUGUAUUGACAAAAUUUGUACCUUUUUCUCCCUGCCUUUUCUAAAAGAGAUCAUUUAAAGUUUAACCAUGUUGGAGGCAUAGUACUUCCAAAGUUCAUACCACGUAGUAGUGUUUAGAAGACUUGUGCAAAGAGAAUGAGUGGCAGCUCGCCAACUUAUAUUUACUCACCGUGUGGUGGAAGAUUAACAAAGAACAUAAUGGCAUGAUGAUCUAAUGGUGAAUGCUUUUCUCUGUGGAAGGCAUCCAUAUGUGGUGGCAAGCGAGAAACCAAAAUAUGAUGUUAAUAAACUCAGUCUGCAUCCUGCAUACCAAUGAAAUGCUUCAAAUGAGGAUUGAUAGUUUUUACAUUUGAAUCUAAUCACUGACAUUCAGAAUUCUUGCAGAGAGGAACACUGCAUCUUUAAAUGAGAAAGUUUGAUUUUACUUUUGCUCCUACAGCAUGUCAGCAUCUCAAGUUCAUUUCUUGCAACCUACACUAUGGUGAUUUGUAAUCAAGCCUCCAUGAGCUCGUGACAUGAAGUACUGUUCUGUUGUCAAGUACUAUCAAACUUUUCUGAUAAUGCUGAGUUAGGACAACCAAACAAAGCUAGCACUAAAUAACGUUUAAAAUUGUAUACCUUUUAAUGAUCUUUUCAAGUAUUUGUUACUGAAAUUGUAUAAUGUGGAGUUUACUAGGUGUUAUGUUCCAGUGCAGUGCCUCCUUUUCUUUCCCCACUGCUCUCUGUGGUGAGAAAUUUGCCUUGUUUAAAAUAAUUACUGUGCCCUCGCAUGACUGUUAAAGCUUUCUGUGCAAAGAUGAUUGUCUAAGUGCCACAUGCCUAUGAUUGAGAAAAAAAUAAUCUAUUGUUACCUCUGAGUUGUGUUCAACUGAAAUGCUAUUCAACAAAUAACUUAGGAAAAAUAGUUCUAUUUUUAGCUUUUCAUAUCUCUGCUGUCUUUUUCUCAUUUUAUUUUGGCAGCAGUGAAGAAUGGAUUGUAUAAAGACUGCUUGCUAAUAUGAACAAAAUGCACUUGUAAUUCCUGGAAAUAAAUUUAAAUCUUAUAUCUUCACGUUAA